UGAGCUUCAGCUAAAGUUAUGAAUUCGUGAAAAUAAAUCGUAUAAACUGCAUAAUUCGUCAUAAUGUUCUUCGGAAAGGAGAUACCAUGGCGUCGUCUGGAGGGCAUGUCAUUUGGCAUGUUUUCUGCAGAAGAAAUGAGGAAGCUAAGUGUGAAAUUAAUCACAAAUUCCAGAUUUCUCGAUAAUGUGGGAAACGUGGCCCUGAACAGCCUCUACGACCUGGCUCUAGGUCCAGCUGACAACAAAGAGGUGUGCUCGACAUGUUGUCAGGACUUUAACAGUUGUCCUGGUCACUUUGGUCAUGUGGAGCUGCCUCUGCCAGUGUACAACCCUCUGUUUUUCGAUAAACUGUACUUCUUGAUCCGAGGCUCCUGUCUGAAGUGUCACCUUUUGACCUGUCCUCGAGCUGCGAUUCACCUCCUCAUGAAACAGCUCCACCUGCUGGACCAUGGGGCACUGCAGGAGGUUUACCACAUUGAACAAGUCCUCACACAGUGUGUGGAGUCAAAUCCCAAAAUCACUGGAGAUGAAAUUGAAAGAGCUUUAAAAGAGUACACAGAUAGAGUCAUCAGUGAGACACUGGUCAACAGCAAACCGAUCAAACAUGUUGUUCAUAUGAAGAUCACUUUGAUAAAUAACUUUUGGAAAGACCACAUGAAAACCAGGACAUGUCCCAACUGCAGGAGAGCGAAAUUUUCAGUGCGUCGUGAACACAACAGUAAACUCAUCAUCAACAUGUCUUCAGCGCAGACUCUGGACAGGACCGAUGAUAUCAUGGCUGGACGGAGGUCUUACUUGACGACGAGUACAGCCCGGGAACAUGUCAUUAAACUGUGGGAGAAAGAAGGUUUUUUCUUGAAGCACCUGUUUUCUGGGAUGGACUUUGACCCUAAAGAAAAUGGCUUUAACCCAGAUAUGUUCUUCCUGGAACUGCUCCUCGUCCCACCCUGCAGAUACCGUCCCAUUAACCGAAUGGGGGAUCAAAUGUUCACAAACGGACAGACUGUGAACAUGCAGGCGGUGAUGAAGGACUGUGAAAGCAUCAGAAAACUACUGGCUCUGAUCGCCGGGAAGAAAAUUGAAAUUGAAGAAGUGGGCCGAGAGCAGCCGGAACAGGUGGAGCAGGUGGAGCAGAUGGAGGCUGCAGACCAGUCCUUUCUUAUGGCUCUCCCGGGUCAAACUCUCACGGAUAAACUGUACAACAUGUGGAUCCGACUGCAGAGCCAUGUCAACAUCGUGUUUGACAGUGAUAUGGACAAACUCAUGACUGAGAAGUACCCAGGGAUCAAACAGAUCUUGGAGAAAAAGGAAGGUCUGUUCCGGAAGCACAUGAUGGGAAAACGUGUGGACUUUGCUGCUCGAUCAGUCAUCUGUCCUGACAUGUACAUCGGCACCAAUGAGAUCGGAAUCCCUAUGGUUUUUGCCACAAAGCUGACCUACCCUCAGCCUGUGACUCCAUGGAAUGUUAAAGAGCUUCGUCAGGCAGUUUUAAAUGGUCCAAAUGUGCAUCCGGGUGCCUCUAUGGUCAUCAAUGAAGAUGGAAGAAAAACUAUAUUAUCUCCAUCAAACAUCAGCCAGAGGGAGGCAGUGGCCAAACAGCUCUUGACCCCAUGUCCCGGGCCUCACAAAAUGCCUAUGAAGAUUGUGAAUCGUCACAUAAAGAACAGAGAUGUGCUGUUAUUGAACCGACAGCCCACACUCCACAGACCCUCCAUACAAGCCCACUGUGCCCGCAUCCUGCCUGGAGAGAAGGUCUUGCGUCUGCACUAUGCGAACUGUAAAGCCUAUAACGCAGACUUUGAUGGAGACGAGAUGAAUGCUCACUUUCCUCAGAGUGAACUCGGCCGAGCUGAAGCCUACACUCUGGUUAGCACCAACCAGCAGUACCUCGUUCCCAAGGAUGGCAAGCCUCUGGCUGGCCUGAUCCAGGACCACAUGGUGUCUGGGACGCGGAUGACUAUUCGAGGCUGUUUCUUCAGCAGAGAUCAGUACACAGAGCUGGUCUAUGGAGGGCUCACUGAUAAACAGGGGAGAGUGAAACUCUUACCACCAGCUAUACUUAAACCACACCCCCUCUGGACUGGGAAACAGGUGGUGUCCACAUUGCUCCUGAAUGUCAUCCCAAAAAAUGCACUUCCUCUGAAUCUGGUCGGAAAAUCCAAGAUCCCGAGUAAAGCCUGGAUCCAGGACCCACCCAGGGCCUGUCCCGGAUACAGACCAGAGACCAUGUGCGAGUCACAGGUGGUGAUACGUGAGGGCGAGUUGCUGGUUGGAGUCCUGGAUAAGGCACACUAUGGCUCUUCUGCCUAUGGUCUGGUGCACUGCUGUUAUGAGCUCUAUGGAGGAAAGACUAGUGGAAAACUGCUCAGCUGUUUGGCCCGACUCUUCACCGCAUAUCUACAGCUCUACAGAGGAUUCACUCUGGGUGUGGAGGACAUUUUGGUGAAGCCAGGAGCCAACAAACAACGGAAAAAGAUCAUUAAACAGUCUCUCAAGAUUGGGACCAAAGCUCUCCAGGCAGCGUUUAACCUCCCCUCUGAUGUGGAGCUGGCGGAGGCUCAGAGCAAGUGGCAGGAUGCUCACCUGAACCCCGACCAGAGAGACUUCAGUUUGGCCGAUCACAAGUUUAAAGAGGUGGCCAACCAGGUCAACAAUGACAUCAACAAGGUCUGUAUGCCCAUCGGACUGCACAGGUCUUUCCCCGACAACAACCUGCAGCUCAUGGUCCAGUCUGGAGCCAAAGGGUCCACAGUCAACACUAUGCAGAUCUCCUGUCUGUUGGGUCAGAUUGAGUUGGAGGGGCGACGGCCUCCCCUGAUGCCUUCUGGGAAAUCUCUACCAUGUUUUCAGCCGUACGACUCCUCACCCGAAGCCGGAGGGUUUGUGUCGGGAAGAUUCCUCACGGGCAUCAAACCACAGGAAUUCUUCUUCCAUUGUAUGGCUGGGAGAGAGGGGCUGGUUGACACUGCUGUAAAAACCUCCAGAUCUGGAUAUUUACAAAGAUGUGUGAUCAAACAUCUGGAAGGGCUGGUGGUGCAGUAUGACCUCACAGUGAGAGACAGCGAUGGAUCUGUGGUUCAGUUCCUUUAUGGAGAAGACGGCCUCGACAUCCCAAAGACACAGUUCCUUCAGCCCAGACAGUUCCCAUUUGUCGAGGAGAACUACGAGGUCAUAAGAAAAUCCCAAGGUCUGGAUGAAGUCCUAUCUCGAUUGGAUCCUGAAGCUGCCAGACAACACUUUGCAGCAAUUCAGCAAUGGAAAAACAAGCAAGAAACUGUCAAUCCUAGACAAGGUGCAUUCUUGGUGUUCUCACAGAAGAAACUGGCCAAACUCAAAGAAUCAAUACAAAUGGGUGAAAUCGUCAAUGGCCGAGAUACGCCAACUUUACAGUUGGUGGAGCAGUGGCGUGUCCUAGAUAUCCAAAGCAGAUCCAAGUUUGGCAGAAAAGUUUUCCGAUGUCCAGAACCAGUGCUGGGAUUGUUGAGGCCGGACGUGAGCUUUGGAUCAGUGUCUGAAAACUUCAACGAUAUCACCGAGAAAUAUCUGAGCAGCCGAACUAACCUGAAUGAACACAGCAAGGACAACCUUCGUCAUCUUUUACAGUACAAAUGGCAGCGUGCUCUGUGUGAUCCUGGAGAGGCUGUGGGGCUGCUCGCGGCUCAGUCCAUCGGGGAACCCUCCACUCAGAUGACUCUCAACACAUUUCACUUUGCUGGAAGAGGAGAGAUGAACGUCACGCUGGGAAUACCUCGAUUGAGGGAGAUCCUUAUGGUUGCCAGUUCCAACAUAAAGACUCCCAUGAUGAGUGUCCCAGUCCUGUGCACGAGAAAAGCCCACAAGAAAGCCAAGAUUCUGAGGAAAAUGCUCACACGCGUCUACCUGGCCGAGGUAUUGCAGAAAGUGGAUGUGGUGGAGUCAUUGCGAAUCGCUGGACCUUACAACAAAAUGCGGACAUUCAAAGUUACCUUUCACUUCUUGUCGCCUGAGUGUUACAGUGAUGAUAAAAUUUUGACCCCACACCAGAUUCUGCGCUACAUGGAGACAAGGUUUUUCCGACUUCUCACUGAUGCCAUAAAGAAACACAGUGCCAAACUAGCCUCCAUCUCUGUGGAAACAAGAAAGGCAACUCUCAAAGACAAAGACAAUGAAGGAGAGGGACUAAAUGGCUCUGCAGCGUUGGAUGAGGGCAAUGGAGAUGAGGAGCAGGACAUCGUGGACGACAAAGAAAAUGAAGGAGAUACGGAUGCCACUGACGCUAAACACAAAGACAAACAGGAAGAAGAGGUUGACUAUGACAGCGACGAGCAGGCUGUGGAGGAGGCAGAUGAACCCGAAGAGGACGAUGAAACUCAGUCGAAGGACGAGACGAUGUGUGAAGAGGAGAACCCCACAGCGCCCCCUGUCACCAGACUGAGGAAGCUGAAGCGUAGUAAAGUUAAACCUGCGGCCGAGAUCAUGGAUGAGAUGAGAGUGAAUGCUGUGCUAGUGUCGAGUCCUUCCAUAGAGGGAUACAGAUACGACCAUGUCAACGAGCUCUGGUGUGAGGUGGACGUGGCAUUACCGGUGACCAAGGUGCACUUUGACCUCACCAGUGUCGUGUCGUCUUUGGCCAAAAGUGCCAUUGUCAUUGAAACAAAGGGUUUGACGCGCUGCCUCCUGAGCGAAGUCACCACAAAGAAUGGAGAGAAAGAGACUGUACUGAACACAGAGGGAAUCAACAUGCAUGAGCUGUUCAAGUACUGUGAUAUCCUGGACCUGAAACGUCUUUACUGUAAUGAGGUCCACGCAAUGGCCGGCACCUACGGCAUUGAAGUUGGUCUGAAAGUCAUCGAGAAGGAGAUCAAGGAUGUGUUUGCCGUCUAUGGUAUUGAAGUGGACCCACGGCACCUGUCUCUUGUGGCAGACUACAUGUGUUUUGAGGGAGUGUACAAACCUCUGAACAGACAUGCCAUGCAGUCCAACUCCUCCCCUCUGCAGCAGAUGACCUUUGAAACCAGCUUCAAAUUCCUCAAGCAGGCCACAAUGCUUGGUACUCGUGAUGAGCUGGUGUCACCAUCUGCUUGUCUUGUUGUUGGAAAAGUUGUGAAAGGAGGAACUGGAAUCUUUGAACUGAAACAACCUCUUCAAUAAACCACACAUUUAAAAUCCAAACCA